AUGGCCUACGGCCUUUUCGCCUUUAACUGCGCCGGCGCCGCCGGCGCGCUGGCCCUCGCCCUGCUGCCCGGCGCCGCGUCGCUGCUCCCCCUCAGCGCCGCCGCAACGCUGCUGAUGUGGCACGCCGCGGCCGGGGCUGCCGCGCAGGCCGCGCUCGCCGCUGUCGCGUGGUCUCAGUGGGACGCCUGGUGCCGCCUCUGCAGCUUCGUGGCCGCGAGCUUGCUGCCCGCCGCGGGCGCCGCCGGCGCAGGCGGCGACGCGUGCGGCGUCGGCGGCCUGGCGGCGCUGCUCUUGGUCGCGGCGGCGGCGCAGGCGCUGGCGGCGAAUGCAAAGGCGCUCCUUGCGGCUGCAGCGGCGGCCGGCGGCGGCAGGGCCGCGGCCGCGGCCGCGGCCGGGGCGGCUCCUGCUCAGGAGGGCGCGGCAGCGGCCAACGCAGCCGCCCCAGUGGCAGCAGCCACCAUCUCUCGAAAGAGCUUCCUCACAUUCGUGCCCGCCGCCGCAAAGGGCGCCGCCGCCGCCGCCGAGCCGGCGCCCGAGGAGGCCCUCGCGGCGGCGGCCAAGCGGGCGGGGUCGGAGGGCGGCGCGCGGCUGAUGGCCCGGGUCAAAGUCCUGGCGUUUGAUGCAAAAGGGGAGGACUCCGAAGAUGGCGCCGCCAGCCGGUGA